CGGAGGAUGCCCCUAGCGCCGGUUGCUCCCCGCCGGUCGGCCCGGGCGGGGGACCCACUGCUGAUUGGCUGCGCCGCCGGGCGGAAGUGAUGCUACUGUCUCUAGUUCCUCAGGCUCCCGGGAAUCCGCGGCGGCAGGAGCUGCGACCCGACCGGUCCUGGAGUUCAUGGCUAGCCUCUGUUUGCUCCACUGGGUUUGGGAGGACAUCGUUUCUUCUUUCUUGGGGUCCACACGUCUGCAGUCUGUGCUCAGAGUCAACAGAACUCACAGUGAAAAUCAUGUCCUUUUCUCCAUUUGCACAAAAUGAGUGUAAGCUUACUGCUCUGAUGCCGAAGGGGAGGCAGAAAGUGCCACACUUGGAUGCCCCCCUGGGCCUGCCCACCUGCCUCUGGCUGGAAUUAGCUGGGCUCUUCUUACUGGUUCCCUGGGUCAUGGGCCUGGCAGGGACAGGUGGGCCUGGGGCCCAAGGUCCAAGGGGGCUAAGCUGGGCUGUGCAUCUGGACAGCCCAGAAGGCAAGAGGGAGGAAGAGACUCUGGAGCAGCAAGCAGAUGCCUUGGCCCAGGCAGCAGGGCUGGUAAAUGCCGGACGCAUCGGGCAGCUCCAGGGGCACUACCUCUUCGUCCAGCCAGCUGGGCACCGGCAGGUAGAGGCCGUCCGGCAGCAGGCAGAGGCCGUAUUAGCCAGGCAUGAAGCUGUGCGCUGGCAUUCAGAGCAGAAGCUGCUAAAGCGAGCCAAGCGCAGUGUCCACUUCAAUGACCCCAAGUACCCACAGCAGUGGCACCUGAAGAACCAGCGGAGCCCCGGCAGGGACAUCAAUGUGACAGGCGUAUGGGAACGCAAUGUAACUGGGCGAGGGGUGACUGUGGUGGUAGUUGAUGAUGGAGUGGAACACACCAUCCAGGACAUUGCACCCAACUAUAGCCCUGAGGGCAGCUACGACCUGAACUCCAAUGACCCUGACCCCAUGCCCCACCCGGAUGUGGAGAAUGGCAACCACCAUGGCACACGAUGUGCGGGAGAGAUUGCUGCAGUGCCCAACAACAGCUUCUGUGCAGUGGGAGUGGCCUAUGGGAGCCGCAUAGCAGGUACCUUCCAGUCUAAACUCGGUAUCCGGUUACUAGAUGGACCCCUCACAGACAGCAUGGAGGCUGUGGCAUUCAACAAGCACUAUCAGAUCAAUGACAUCUACAGUUGCAGCUGGGGACCGGAUGAUGAUGGGAAGACGGUAGAUGGCCCCCAUCAGCUUGGAAAGGCUGCCUUGCAACAUGGGGUGAUCGCCGGCCGCCAGGGCUUUGGGAGCAUCUUUGUGGUAGCCAGUGGCAAUGGGGGCCAGCACAACGACAACUGCAACUACGACGGCUACACCAAUUCUAUCUACACAGUCACCAUAGGUGCUGUAGAUGAAGAGGGACGGAUGCCUUCUUAUGCAGAGGAGUGUGCCUCCAUGCUGGCAGUCACCUUCAGUGGCGGCGACAAGAUGCUCCGGAGUAUUGUGACCACUGACUGGGACCUUCAGAAGGGCACAGGCUGCACUGAAGGCCACACAGGGACCUCAGCUGCAGCCCCUCUGGCAGCUGGCAUGAUAGCCCUCAUGCUGCAGGUACGGCCCUGCCUCACGUGGCGUGACAUCCAGCACAUCAUUGUCUUCACAGCCACCCAGUACAAGGAUCGCCGUGCGGAUUGGAUUACCAACGAGGCAGGCUUCAGCCACAGCCACCAGCAUGGAUUUGGCCUGCUCAAUGCUUGGAGACUCGUUAAUGCAGCCAAGAUCUGGACAUCUGUUCCAUACUUAGCUUCCUACGUCAGCCCCAUGUUAAAAGAGAACAAGGCUAUCCCUCUGUCCCCUAGCUCACUGGAGGUCCUGUGGAAUGUCAGCAGGAUGGACCUGGAGAUGUCGGGGCUGAAGACCCUGGAGCAUGUGGCAGUGACAGUCUCUAUCACUCACCCGCGACGUGGCAGCUUGGAGCUGAAACUCUUUUGCCCCAGUGGCAUGAUGUCCCUUAUCGGCGCCCCCCGCAGCAUGGACUCGGAUCCAAAUGGCUUCAAUGAUUGGACCUUCUCCACUGUGCGAUGCUGGGGGGAAAGAGCGAGAGGGACUUACAGACUCGUUGUCAGGGAUGUAGGAAAUGAGACUUUCCAGGCUGGCGUUCUCCGGCAAUGGCAGCUGACCCUAUAUGGCUCUGUGUGGAGUCCGGUAGACAUCAGGGACAGACAAAGACUAUUAGAAGGUGCCAUGAGUGGAAAAUACCUGCAUGAUGGCUUCACUCUGCCCUGCCCUCCUGGGUUGAAAAUUCCUGAGGAAGAUGGUUACACCAUCACCCCUAACACCCUCAAGACCCUGCUGCUGGUCGGCUGUUUUACCAUCUUAUGGACAGUAUACUACAUGCUAGAAGUAUACUUGAACCAGAAGAAUGUGGCCUCUCACCCGGUUUGUAGGAGUGGACCCUGCCACUGGCCCCAACGAAGCCGAAAAGCCAGGAAAGAGGGGACAGAACUAGAAUCAGUGCCACUUUGUAACAGCAAGGAUCCAGAUGGAGUGGAGACAGAGAGUGAAGGCCAUUCUGCCACCUCUGGUCUCUUUGUCCCAGACCUGCUGGAUCAAGGAGACUGGAGCCUGUCCCAGAACAGGAGUGCCCUGGACUGCCCUCGUCAGCACAUACCCCCAGACCUGCUGCAGGGGAAGGAGGAGAUUUGCUGACCCAGGGCCUAACAGACUCAACAUGGAGUAGGCUCCUCCUUCCCCAAAUUGGGGAAGCUCUGAAAGCUGCUCCGAAGUCCUGGGAGCUCUCAGGAGAAGGUCGUCCUGAUACUUCCAGCUGGAGUCCGGAGUCUAUGCUCAGGGAGGGCUGGGGCUUUCUUAAGGUACAACUGGCAGAGGAAUGGUGCUGGAGAGCAGUGUGGCAGCAGCCACAGGAUCUUCCUCAAACCGAACAGGAGAUUUUGCCAAGGUCUUGGACGAGAGCUUGUCCCCUGUUCCCCAUUGGGCAGGCCUCCAUCCUCAUUUCUCCUGGGCAAGUCAUUGGUAUAGGUCAUAGGGACCCUCACCCAUGCAUGGAUGAGAAGGUACCCACCAUGGCCAGAAGAGCAUCUCAGCAGAAAUAUCACUGGGGUCACUUGGGAAAAGGGCUCAGGGAUGGAUUCUGGGAAGAGCCCCUGGAUAUGCACAUCCUGCUAAUGACCCAGGAACCGAGAAACAGCAGGCUUUUCCUCUCUCCCUUGCCUUCCUACCUAAGACUUGGACCUUGGACAUUCUGGUAUGGCAAUCAGCUCUCAGCCCAGCACACUUGCCCUGAAAGCAGCUGCCUGAUCAGAAGCCAACCAUGAACACACCCCUGACUCCUUCACCAUCACCCCCACCCUUCAUCCCGAAGGACCGGUACAGUGCUCCUGGCAAAGCUGGGAAUGGGCACAGCACCUAGGGCUGUGCUGCUUCACUAGGGGAGUCUAUUCAGGACUGUGGCAGGUAUCAGCCACUGCUGCCCCAACCCUGCUACCAUCCUGUCUUCCUCUGCAAAGUGAACACUUAAGGCUUGGUUUUCUCUUCACAGCAACAUUUCGUUGAAUUUUUUUCUGCACAGCUUUUCCAGAAUAAAAACCUUCCACACAA